CCCGCCCCUCCUGCGUCCCGGGAGCCGGCUCGCUCCGGAGCCGCGCGCGGUGUGACCGGGCAUGCCCCGCUACGAGCUGGCUUUGAUCCUGAAAGCCAUGCAGCGGCCAGAGACUGCUGCUGCUUUGAAACGUACGCUAGAAGCCCUGAUGGACAGAGGGGCGAUAGUGAGAAACUUGGAAAAUCUGGGUGACCGAGCGCUGCCUUAUAAGAUUUCCGCCCACAGCCAGCAGCACAGUAGAGGAGGGUAUUUCUUGGUGGACUUUUACGCACCAGCCACAGCUGUCCAGAGCAUAAUGGAACAUUUGUCCCGAGACAUUGAUGUGAUUAGACCGAAUGUUGUAAAACACCCUCUGACCCAGGAAGUGAAAGAGUGUGAGGGGAUUGUCCCUCUCCCACUCGAAGAAAAACUGUAUUCCACAAAGAAGAGGAAGUGAGAAGAUUUACCACAUUUUAGCUUUGUAUUUAAUUCUCUCACUUUUGAGUGCCAUGGAUUAAAAAUUUACAAACUUGAUGCUUA